GCCCGUGGUUGUGCGUUGAGCGCGUGUUGCGGACAGAGGGACGAGAAAGGGUGUGUGUGUGUCCGUGGGGAGUCAACAGGAGGCGGGAGGCGGCGCUCGUGCCGACAGCGGCGGCCCCGGUCGGCGGCAAUGGUCCGAUGAGCCGCAGCGUCAUGAACCUGACGGAGCUAACUGAGGCCGAGCGGCCGCCGUCGCCGGCCCGGCUGCCUUUCACUUCCGAGAAGCACCCGCGCUCCACGCUCAAGGAGCUGGCUGCGCUGCGCAAGCACCGCGAGCUCUGCGACGUCGUCCUGUUCGUCGGCGCGCGCAAGAUCUUCGCGCACAGGGUGAUCUUGUCGGCGUGCAGUCCCUACUUCCACGCCAUGUUCACCGGCGAGCUGGUGGAGUCGCGCCAGACCGAGGUCACCAUCCGCGACAUCGACGAGAUGGCCAUGGAGCUGCUUAUUGACUUCUGCUACACCUCGCACAUCGUGGUGGAGGAGUCCAACGUGCAGACUGCUGCCGGCCGGUCAGUGCCCGGGGCCGCUGUCUCGCGUCGAGGGGCGCGAGGCGCUGAGGUGUGA